CCUGGGAACCGGGGGGAAUUUCCAGUGGGGAAGGAGCUCCACUCUUUCUUCUCGGUGUCACCUGGAGGUUUCAGCUUUGUCGAGGCAGGACUGGAUGAAAUAUUUGGGCUCUCCACGCAGUGAUGGUGUCCCGAAGCUGAGCCCGGUCUGCUUGUGGGUCUGCGGGUUCUGCGUGGAGAGGAAAUAAUGACGGACAUGAGUGAACUGAAGUGAAGCGGAACGAGCCCCAACUGUCACACUUCAAACUGACUUCCACCUGAGUGAGCUGACCAGACAAGAUGGCUGCUGAUGAGAACUACCUGCACGCCUCCAGCCAGAUGUUCGACACCACCAUGAUGGACCCGUCCUUCCUGGAGUAUUCCCACUUCGUCCCGAUCCCUCAGAUGACGGCUCUGCAGUCAGUGGACGGACCGUUCCUGCAGAUCCUAGAGCAGCCCAAACAGCGCGGCUUCAGAUUCCGCUACGGCUGUGAAGGUCCGUCGCACGGCGGCCUGCCAGGAGCCUCCAGCGAGAAGAACAGGAAGACGUACCCGACGGUGAAGAUCUGUAACUACCAGGGUCAGGCCCGGGUCGUGGUCCAGCUGGUGACGGCGCUGACCCAGCUGCCGCAGCUUCACGCUCACAGCCUGGUGGGGAAGCAGUGCGAUAAAGGGAUCUGCAUCGCUGACCUGCAGUCCAAAGACUCCACCAUCAGUUUUCCCAACCUGGGAAUCCUCCAUGUGACCAAGAAGAACGUGGCGAAGACACUGGAGGAGCGGAUGGUGGAGGCCUUCAGGAUGGGCUACAACUGUGGGGUCGCCAUCCACCCGGAGAUCGACGCGCUGCAGGGGGAGGUCCGGCUCCCGCGGGAGCUCAGCGACCACCAGCGCAGCCUGAUCAGCAGCGCCGCAGCCACUCAGGCCAAAGAGAUGGACCUGAGCGUGGUGCGCCUCAUGUUCACCGCCUUCCUGCCCGACAGCGACGGCGGCUUCUCCAGACGCCUGGAGCCCGUGGUGUCCGAGCCCAUCUACGACAGCAAGGCUCCAAACGCCUCAAACCUGAAGAUCGUCAGGAUGGACCGGACCGCCGGCUGCGUGACGGGGGGAGAGGAGGUCUACCUGCUCUGUGACAAGGUCCAGAAAGAUGACAUCCAGGUGCGGUUCUAUGAGGAGGACGACUCGGGCCUGACCUGGGAGGCUCUGGGCGAUUUCUCCCCCACAGAUGUCCACAGACAGUUUGCCAUCGUCUUCAAGACCCCGAAGUAUCGAGACCAAAACCUGCAGAAGCCGACGUCUGUCUUCGUCCAGCUAAAGAGGAAAUCCGACAACGAGACCAGCGAACCCAAACCAUUCACCUACCAUCCGCAGAUCAUAGAUAAAGAGGAGGUUCAGAGAAAAAGGCAGAAGACGUUGCCAAACUUCCAGGACUUCAGCGGACAUGGAGGAGGAGGAGGCGGAGGGCUGUACCGAGGUGGAGGAGGAGGAGGAGGAGGUCCAGCUUCAGGAGUUGGAGGUCCAGGCCCGGCAGGAGGAGGAUAUUACCAGGGUUUCUCCUCCUACAGCUACGGAGGAGCAGGAGGAGGAUUCUCCUCAGCGUACUCAGCUGGUCUUGGAGGAGGCGGCGGCACAAAGCAUGCUUUGCAGAGUGAAGCUGCAGACGACAGCGACGACGACAGUGACCCAGACAACGACCCGGCAUCGGGCGCUGUGCUAAGAGGCUCCGCCCAGUCCCAAGUCUCCGGUGUGGAUCCACGUCGCUCUGGUUCUGAUGUGUCUGCAGACGAGGUUCUGAUGGAGGCGACCCGCAGGCAGCUCGACGCUCUCUUCCGAUACUCAGUCACCGGCGACUCGGCGUACCUGCUGGCUCCACAGCGCCCCCUGAUGGCGGCACAGGAUGAAGACGGAGACACUGGGCUGCAUCUGGCGGUGCUGCACAGCCAGCAGGAGGCGCUGACAAGUCUGACCCAGGUUGUGUCCGCUCUGACGGGAGAGGAGGUGCUCAACAUGAGGAACCACCUGUACCAGACUCCUCUGCACCUGGCGGUCAUCACUCAGCAGAAGCAGGCGGCCGAAGUGCUGCUGAUGGCUGGCGCUGACCCGACUCUGACAGAUCGCCACGGCAACACGGUUCUUCACCUGGCGGCACAGCAGGAAGGAGACGGGAUGGUGGAACUUUUACUGCGGCGCAGAGAGAUGAGAGAGCUGCUGCAGUUCAGCAACACAGCAGGUCUGUGUGCCAUCCACCUGGCGGUUCUGGCCAAUCGGCUGGCGGCGCUCAGGGAGCUGCUGGUGGGCGGGGCCGAUGUGGAGGCUCAGGAGCGCAGCGGCGGACGCACCGCGCUGCACCUCGCCACGGAGACCGACAACGUGUCGCUGGCCGGCUGUCUGCUGCUGGAGGGAAACGCCAAGGUGGACAGCUGCACCUUCAACGGCUCCACCCCCCUGCACGUGGCCGCGGGGCGGGGCUCCCUCAAGCUGACGGCUUUGCUGAUGGCUGCAGGUGCCGACCCGCACAGGGAGAACUUUGAGCCGCUCUUCAUCAGGGACGAGGAAGAUGAGGAGGAGCAGGAUGAUGAAGGCUACAUUUCAGGAACCACUCCAGUUAACAUGGCUGCCUGCCCUGAGGUUCUGGAUCUUCUAAACGGUCAGGAGUACGAGCCCAGGAGCCAGCGAGCCUUCGUCCCCCCACAGGGUGACCUGUCAGUUCUAGACAUGCAGGUAAAGCGAGCCGUGUGCGGCGCUCUGGAGGCUGAAGGGUGCUGGGAGAACCUGGCUCACCACCUGGGCCUCGGCAUCCUGAACACGGCAUUCCGGCUGAGUCCAAACCCGGCCAGAACCCUGCUGGAGAGCUAUGAGGUUUCUGGUGGAACCGUUUCGGACCUGCUGGUGGCUCUCCGGUCGGCAGGCGGCUGCAGAGCGCUGAGCAUCCUGGAGGGGGCGCUGUGCCAGAACCCGGACACUGCAGAGGAGGUCCAGAACCCUCCGGUCCAGAACCUGAAGGCGGACCUUGGGAAUGACAGCGGCGUCUGCGACAGCGGGGUGGAGCUCUCCACAGCGUAGCGCUCUGAUUGGCCAGCAUCCUCAUCCUCCUCUUCAUCACUCAAAGUUUCUAUUCUAUUUUAAAAAACUGCUGACACAACCGGACCGAACCGGACCGGACCGCUGAACUCUGAUCUCUACUGACAGGACAGAAAAGCUGCUUCCUGUUUCUUCCCAGAACCGAUGGUGCUACAAACCCUGACCGGGUCCAAACGGGUUGGAAUCUCCUUGCUCCAGUCGGAUCAGAACCACAUGAUCAGCAGGGAGAGUCACAGCAUCUGAAAGCUCAUUAGAACAUUCUGGACCCGGUUCUGAUGGUCCAGAUUCAAACCCAGAACCAGGACAACAGAACCAGAACCAGAGGGGAUUUUUCUGCUGGUUUCCAUCUGAAACCUCCAGAUUUAAUCUCAGAUGUCGUUAAUCUGGGGCAUCAAUCUGAAACCUGGAUUAACUGUGAAACCAGCCAAUUAAUUCACUUGCAGUAACGGAUUCUGGUUUUUAGGGUAAAUUUCCUCUCAUGUUUUCACAUCCUCAAUUUUCUUUAUUUUAAAUCCUAAAAAUAGAAAUAAAACGACGUCCUUUGAAAAUUAGGAUAUAAUUUAAAAAAGAAGUUGUAACAUUUGUGGCUUGAGCUAAAACAUCUUCAUCAUCAGAACCAGAACCGGCUGUUCUGGACCUGCAGACCGGUUUCAUCUCUUCUGAGUCUAGAAUGUUCUGCUGAGCUUCUCUGCAGGCUGAACGUUCCUCUGCGGACCGGAUCCCGGACCGGGUUCAGGAAGGGGACCGGGUUCAGGACCGGGACCGGAUCCAGGACCGGGUUCAGGACCGGGACCGGAUCCAGGACCGGGUUCAGGACCGGGACCGGAUCCAGGACCGGGACCGGAUCCAGGACCGGGACCUGAUCCCGGACCGGAUCCAGGACCGGGUUCAGGGACCGGAUCCAGGACCGGGUUCAGGACCGGGACCGGAUCCAGGACCGGGACCGGAUCCAGGACCGGGACCUGAUCCCGGACCGGAUCCAGGACCGGGUUCAGGGACCGGAUCCAGGACCGGGACCGGAUCCAGGACCGGGACCUGAUCCCGGACCGGGUCCGGGACUGGAUCCAGGACCGGGACCGGAUCCAGGACCGGGUUCAGGACCGGGACCGGAUCCAGGACCGGGUUCAGGACCGGGACCUGAUCCAGGACCGGGUUCAGGACCGGGACCGGAUCCAGGACCGGGUUCAGGACCGGGACCGGAUCCAGGACCGGGACCGGAUCCAGGACCGGGACCUGAUCCCGGACCGGAUCCAGGACCGGGUUCAGGGACCGGAUCCAGGACCGGGUUCAGGACCGGGACCGGAUCCAGGACCGGGACCGGAUCCAGGACCGGGACCUGAUCCCGGACCGGAUCCAGGACCGGGUUCAGGGACCGGAUCCAGGACCGGGACCGGAUCCAGGACCGGGACCUGAUCCCGGACCGGGUCCGGGACUGGAUCCAGGACCGGGACCGGAUCCAGGACCGGGUUCAGGACCGGGACCGGAUCCAGGACCGGGUUCAGGACCGGGACCGGAUCCAGGACCGGGUUCAGGACCGGGACCUGAUCCCGGACCGGGUUCAGGACCGGGACCGGAUCCCGGACUGGAUCCAGGACCGGGAUCAGGACCAGAUCACAGACUGGGUUCAGGAUUCAUUUCUGAACAGAUUCAGUUCUUUUUCAUUGAACUUCUGGUUCCUUCCUGGAUAAAUAAAACCACAGGGGAUUGUGGGAAAAGUAGUCCAGGUGUUAGCGUCCCUGUUUCCGCAUAUUUAUGUCCCGCCUGUGCUGUACAGUUCAUCAUCAUUAUUAGUAACUGGUUGUUAAUUUUUUUAAAUAAAGGUUUUUUUAUAUUUUGA